CUAUGCCGAUCACGUGAUCGGCCAGGACGUUACUGUGUGGGCAUAUGGAGGUGAUGGAAUUGGAACUUAGAGGGGUUGACCUGCCCGGAGAUGCGGAGGACGAGGAGCCGUCGGAAGAUGAAGAUGAUGAGGAGGACUACGAGGCCGUUAUUAUGGAUGACAGCGAAGACGAGGUGUCUGAUGAUCUACCUGAAUCUGUUCUCUUGUGUUUGCAAGCUGUUAAGAGAAGAAGUGAAAAUACAGAGCUCUUUCUACAAGAUUUAGAAUCUGGUGAUCCUUGUUUAAGUGAUUGUUCUGAAAGUGGAACAAGUUGUAAUUUGCCUUCAGAGCUUCAAGACCCUGAUGUCCUUACAAAGGUAUUGGCUGAAAUAGAAGAAGAUGAAAGAAGACAGCAAUCAAGGAGUGAUAACAUUAUAGGCAAUAACGAUGACCACAACAGCAUUCAAGGAACAGUGGUUGUAGAAACAUUGGAUGACAAUGAUUCAGUUCUAAAGUUCGAUUAUAUUGAAGUGGAAGAAAGUUGUAAACGAAAAUUACAACAGUGGGAGGAUGAGCAGGAAAAACACAGUGAAAUUGGGAGCCAUAUACUGAAUUCUCAAACUGAAAUUGCCAAUAAACAAGAUGAAGAAGGUGAAUGGAAGGGAGACUGGAGGAAGCAAUUUGAGAAGGAAAUUUCUGUGCUGGAUACAAUUCAUAAAGAGCAACAGAAGAAGCUUGAAGAAGACUUGCAGAAACAUAAUGAAGCAUUGGCAAAAGAUUUGAAAAAGCACAAGGAGAUGAUUUACAAAUUGGAAACAGAGAUGAAAAAUGAAAAGAACAACUUUGCAGAGGAAAAGGCAAAGGCCAAAAAACUGUUGGAGGAACUUCAGUUCAAAUCUGCAAUUAAAAUCCAGGCACAAUUUAGAGCUUUCUCUACAUACAAAAAGUAUUCACCUAUUUUAAUGGAAAGAAAAAAGGAGGCUCAGAGAAAAAAAGAGUUGAAGCUCAAACUGGAACAGGAAAAAAAGGAAAUGGAAGAAAAAAUAAAACGGAAGCUUGAGGACAAAAAACGAAGGGAGGAAGAGAAAAAACAAAAGGAAGAGUUGGAGACACAAGCUUUGGAAGAGGCAAAAAUUCAGGAACGGUUGCUCCAAGAAAUGCGCCAGAGAGAAUACGAGAAGAAAAAGUCAGAAGAACGUCAGAGACUAGAGAGACAAAAACACAUAAAAGACCUGAACAAUAAACAUAUUUGUGAAAAGACCGAGAAGACCAAUACCAUGUUGGAAAAAAAUAAUGACAACAUUACAUGUACAAAAGAUAGUAUGGGUGACCUGAAUAAACAGAAUGAAGAGUACGUUCAUCCUGGAAAAGAGAAGAUCGAGGAAAUGAUUAAAGAACAAACUGGAAAAUCAGAAAAAGAGUUUAAACCAACAGAAGUGAUGGAGAGCCUAGAAAAUAAUGAAAGCAGAACUGUAAAUAAACCAGAAGAGAUCGAUUUAAAUGCAGAGAUUUGUGAUGCCAGCCAGUAUUCUGCUACUGAUUCAGUACAAUUGUCAGACCCAAGUAGGAAUCCUUCUCUCACAGAGGAUAAACAUGUAUGCCCAUUCGAUCAAAGCACUUGUGCGCAUAAAAACAUAGUUUCUGAAAAUAACAGCAAGCCUCCGUUACCUGUUCAAGAUUCCAAACCUCUGCAGCCUGUUGCUGGCAUGGAUGUCGGUGUCAAAACAGUGGCACAAAAAGAGCGAAAUGAAGAUUCAGCUGUUUCUAUUGUAGCCCGAUCUCUAGUUCUUCCAGAUCACACUGAAGAAAAGAGACUUGCCUGGAUGAAAUCCUGCAAACCCUGGGCAAGGAUUCUAAGGGACAGCCAAGGGAAAAGGGUGGAUAAGAAAACAAAGCAAAGAAAAAUUUCUGCAGCGAAGAGGUUACCUCCAUUAAAUGAAAAUCUAAUAUUUCAAAAUAAUACUUGGCGGGACUUGCGACAGAUUACAACAGUUACGCUACAGGACUUGCCAGGCUGCAGUCUUGCUACCUUGUCCAGUUGUGCUAAACUUCGAUUUUUAUCAAUGAGACGUUGUGGAUUAAUUGCACUUGAAGAUAUAACGGAUUGCAAAGCUUUGCAGUACAUUGAUGUGCAGGAAAAUUCCAUCUGUGUAGUAAAUUGUGAAGGUCUGGAAAACCUAAAUGUUCUUCUCCUGAACAAAAAUCAAAUAACAUCUAUUCAUGGGUUAGAAAACUGUAUCAACCUUCGGAAUCUCGAGUUGUCAUAUAACGUAAUAACCAGAGUUGGUGGGUUGGAAACUUUGAGAAACCUUCAGCGUCUAGUUUUGGAUCACAAUCAAUUAAUUUCCACAAGCCGUCUUGAGGCUGUCCCUACUCUUAUGUAUUUAGAUUGCUCAUACAACUUUCUUACUGAGCUGGAAGGAAUUCAGAAUUGUGGCCUAAUGCAAAUUCUGAAAUUACAAGGAAACAACUUGUGUGAGAUCCCUAAACUGGAUAAUCAUGUCCUCUUGAGAGAGCUAUACGUUGAUGAUAACAACAUAUCAGCAGUGAAAGGGCUUUCAUUAUAUUGGUUACCUCUACUACAGGUUCUUUCAAUAUCUCAGAACAGCCUAGUUCAGCUUGAACCAUUAUAUACUUUUGUUUCAUUGGAAGAACUGGACUUAAAUAGCAACUGCUUAUCAGACUUGCAGAGCACAAGCUUGUGGCUUGAAGGUUGCGUAAGUCUAAGACAUCUAACAAUUACCAAGAAUCCCCUUGUGCAAGAAGCAAAUUGGAGGAGCUUUCUGUUAAACCUGUUGCCUGGAUUAAGACAAUUGAAUGCUGAUCGUAUUGAUUGUAAUGAAAGAAGGCAAGAGUCACACACAAGGUCAUUCAGGGCAUUUUGUCAAUCUCAAAUUCGGAUUGUUCGCCAAUUAUGGAAGGUUAUAAACCAAGAUAAAGGCUCAUGUAUGUCUUUUAAAGGUCUGGAAAAUUACUGUAAUACUUUUAAAGGAUUACUGAAAGUUUCCAAUGAACACCGAUAUGCACAUGAGUAUGGUGACAUAGAAGAUAUCCAGAGAGAAGAUCCAGAAAUACUGGAAAAUGAUGUGGAGCAAUCGGGCAUUGACAGCAGUCAACAUAAUGGCCUUGUUAUCAGUGGUGGAGAUGAUAGUAAACAUGAAGAUCCCACAAGACAGAUCACUUCCAGACAGCUUACAAACUCCUCUGCAGCUCCUAAGGGGAGAGAUCAAGUGGAACUUCUGGGAAAAACUAGUACAAAAAAUAAAGUGAUAGAGAAUCGCAACAACGCUUGCAAUGCAAAAAAGGACAUAAAUGAUUGUGAACUCAUGAAAAUGUCAAAAUGUUCAGCACCUGUGGGAAACAAAAAGCACUGUGCCGCUGUUAUCAUCCAAUCACAUUGGAGAGGGUAUGUGGUACGCAGAGAUAUUGAUUACUAUGCAAGACUCCAUGAGGCUGCUUCUGUCAUACAGUCUGCUUGGAGGAGUUAUUCAAUUAGGAAACGUGGCUGGCAAAAUAAAGCAGAUAGAAACCCUAAAUGUUUGGAUGUGAAAAAUCAUGCAGCUACAGUAAUACAGGCAAUUUGGAAGGGAUUCCACUUGAGAAAAAAACUGGCUGCUGCUUUUGCAGCUAUUGAAAGAGAAGAACCGGAAGAUGACUUUGAAGAAGUGAAUUUGGAUGACUUUACAUUUGAUGAACAUGCUUUGGAUAAGGGAUGGACUUUAAAUUCCACUGACUUCUCAUCUGCAGCACUUCAUUGCUCAAAUAGACCAGAACAUCUAAAGUUUCCCAAAAGAAUUCCUGUUGCAGAAGACAAAGCACAUUCUCUACCAUGGCGUCCAGUAGAAGCCUGGCAGACACCUGGAAGUUCCGAAGCAGACAGUGUUAUAUAUGACCGAACUAGCAAUGACAGCAGGUUGGAGAAACAAAAUCUGUCACAUGCAUCGAACGUGAAAUCUCAGAUUGACAUUUCGUUCAUGUCUGAGAAAGAAGAGAAAAUUUCCCAUGAGUGGGGCUUUAAGGAUUCUGCCACAGCCCAUCUCAUGCUGAAGAGGGCUCAAAAAAUGAAAUCUAAACAAAUCAGGAAUAAAAAAAUGUUGGACCCAACUGUGCGCUUGGCAUUGUUCAAAAACAAUGAAAAUAAACAUCUUCCUGUGAAACCACCAAAGAAGCCGCAGAUGAAAGUAGAAUAUUUUCAAGGUGUAGAAGAGUCCAACCAUUUACGUGACAUCUCAGCAGAAACCUUAGCAAGAAGCCGGGAGCUGACAUACCAGUGGCUUCACACACAAUGUGGAGAUUUUGAGGCCACAAAUUCUAGAAUCACAAAACAUAAGCGUUUCUUGCCUGAAUUGAAUCACGACGUUUUGAACGGUGGACGUGUUCAACUUGUGGCUAAUACUGCAAAGAAAGAAACCGAAGAUUUGGAACUCGUUUCUGUGAAAUCUGGAAAUACCUUCAAUCAGAACAGAUCAAGACUCUCUUCAGCAUUGUUGGGGAGAGACCAAUUUACACCACAGAAAACUAUUUCAGGACCCCAGAAAAAGGAACGUAUUUCAUUUCGCGACAUCCCAACACAGCUCAGCGGUGGAUGGGGAAGUGGAAAAAAGAAGAAAACCAUUUAAAUAGAUGUCAGACCCUCGAACGCAUUACGUGUACCAUUCGGAUUCAAUUUUUCAAGUUUUGUGUAGAUUCCUCCUAAUGAACAGAGUUGUAAAAUAUGUUUUUACUUAUUGAAUAAGCAUUUUUCAUGCUUGUCUCUCAUUAUAUUAUAAAACAAGCAGUGCUUGGGAAAACUAAG